AUGCCAGAAAGGCUUGCGGAAGAUGCGAGAAGCUUGCUCCAGAUCAACCGAGCCAUCACCGCGGCCGGCAAGGCACGGCAAACUUCCCACGCACUCGACCUGCUGGCAUCGAUUGCUGAGGCUAGGCUGCGCCCGGACGUCGUCAGCUACAACGCAUCCGUAGCUGUGUGUGAGCGGUCGACGCAGUGGACUCAAGCAGUGGGCCUCCUGGACCAGAUGGCGGCGGCCGGCGUUCUUGGGAACAUCAUCACCAAGAACAGCGCCCUCGGCACCCUCAAGGAAGUGGUGCCCACGACUUCAGGUGAGACCUGGGUGACCGCCCUGUCCUCACUCGUGGCCCUGGGCUGCAGCCGGCUGCGGCCGGACGUGAUUAGCUUCAACAGCACCAUGAGCGUGGCUGUCCGAGCGGCCGAGUGGCAGUCCGCCAUCGGCCUCUUUGAGGAUCUCGGCACUGAUGCCGUGGAGCGCAGCAAGAUCAGCUACAGCACAACCAUCAGCGCGUACGAGAGGCUUGGAAGGUGGCUCGGGGCUCUUGAGACCUGGACCAAGCUUGGCAGCGCGCGGUGGGAGCCGGACGUCAUCUCCUACAACAGCAGCCUGAGCGCCUGUGAGAAGGCCGGCCGCUGGCACAUCGCUCUGCAGUUGCUCGGGGAUAUGGCUGCCCAAGCUCACGAGCCGGACGUCAUCAGCUGCAGCAGCUGCAUCAGCGCCUGCGCGCAGGCCAGCCCAUGGCUCCUUGCAAUGUCGCUCCUCUCGGCCAUGGGGGCCCAGCUCCUGCCGCCAAACACGAUUACCUACAACGCGGCCAUUGGCGCCUGCGAGGGCCAGGGCCAAUGGCUCACCGCCCUGGAGCUGUUGGCCAACAUGCUGCGCGCAGCUCUGGCAUCAAAGGUGCCCACGGUGGUGAGCUUCAGCAGCGCCAUCAGCGCCUGCGUCCGAGGGGGGGACUGGCCAGUGGCCCUGGCGCUGCUAGACGAGAUGCCCCGGAGGCGCCUGAGUCCCAACGUCAUCAGCUACAGCGGGGUCAUCAGCGCCUGCGAGAAAGGAAGCCAGCGGACUCUGGCUCUCAGAUUCCUGGGCGCGAUGGAAGAGGCAUCAGUCGCUGGGGACGUCGUGAGCUACAGCAGUGCCAUGAGUGCCUGCGAAGAGCUGGGCCGCUGGCAAACCGCGCUUCACCUCUGGGAGCUCAUGGAGGCAGAUGGGGUCACGCCGAACGUAGUGACGCUCAACACGGCCAUCAGCACCUGCAGCAAG